UUGUUCGAUGUUUUGGUUUAACACAAAAUCCAUCAAAUGGAAAUUAUAUGCUUGCAAUGAUGAAAUUUGAUAUAGAUUUAAGAACAUAUUUACAACAAAAUCAUAAACAACUUACAUGGAAAAAGAGAAUUAAUAUUGCUUAUGAAAUAAUUCGUGCACUUUAUUUCAUUCAUUAUGUGAAAGCAAUUCAUAGAGAUUUACAUUCUGGAAAUAUAUUAUACUCACAAUUUAAUGAUCGUUGGUGUAUCAGUGAUCUUGGAUUUUGUGGACCUGCUGAUAAAUCUUCAACAAGUAUAUAUGGAAAUCUUCCUUACAUAGCACCCGAAGUUAUUGUUGGAAGAGAAUAUACUUUUGCAUCUGAUAUUUAUAGUAUUGCAAUUCUUAUGUGGGAAAUUUCAUCUGGACAAACACUAUUUAUAAAUUAUGAACAUGAAAAUGAUAUUGUAAUGAAUAUUAUUAACGGUAUAAGACCAAAAAUUGUGCCAGGAACUCCAUUAGAAUAUAAAAAUUUAAUGAAAGAAUGUUGGGAUGCUGAUCCAUUAAAAAGACCUGACGCUUAUACACUUGGGGAAAGAAUGAAAAGAUUUAAUUUAGAUUAUCAAAAUAUGACAGAUGAAUCAUUCAAAUCAGAAAUAGUAGAUAAUUUAGAAAUGAAUAAAGCAGAAGAAAAUUAUACGAGUAGCAGAUUAUUCACAAGUAAAAUUCACAACUUUGAAAAUCUACCUGAACCAAGAAAUGCAACAGAAGUUAAUGAUUUUAAUAAAUCAAAUAAGCGAGAUAGCAAAUCAUCUAAAGUAAUUACUAUUUUUAGAGAUAGUAAUAAAAAAUUAUCUAAAUUAUUUAAAAAGUUGCAAAUAAAGUCAAAAAAUGAUGAAAAGGAAAUAACUCAACAACAUGUCGAUGGUAGGUGAUGACGAUGUAUAUAAUAAUCCAAAUCUUCAUUCGAAAGAACAGGAUGAACUUGAAAUUCCUGAUGGUAGGUUCUUAAGUAAAUAAGAUUUCUUUUUAAAGCAAAUAAUUAAUUUAUAAUUUGUUAUUUUUUUUAUCUUUAGAUGGAUUUU